UGGUUUUUUCCGAGCCCCAAAGUGAACUGGGAACUCGGCGUUUGGGUCCGAGAUUGGCUUUAAUCUGCUCUCAGUUGUCUCGGCGAUCGGUUGGAAUUCCGGUUGAAUUCCGCAUGCGCCGUAAUCCUGCCAGUUGAUAGCAUCAAAGCCCUCCGAAAUCGCACCCGGCCAUCGCAAAAAGUACAUACAUUUAUUGUAUAUAAUUCGAACAAUAAACAAAACAAAACCGUAGAUGCGAACCAAACGAAAGUGAAUGUGUUGUUUACGUUUCUGAGUGUCUGUCUGUCUAUCUGUCCACCUCUCUUUCACACAUUUCUUCGGUUUAACUUCCCCCCCAUCCGCCCGCAGAAACAGAAACUGAAAACGCAGAAGCCUCCACCGGAAUCCCAGCAGCAUCCGCAUCCCAACAUCUCCCAGAGAAGCAGCAGCCGCUCCAAGCCGAAGCCGAAUCCGAGACCGACAGAAUGGCCAAUUUCGACGAUACGUUGCAACGAGCCCGCCUCGCCUUUUCCAGUGGCAAGACCAGGAGCGUCAGCUUUCGACGCAAGCAGCUGGAGAAUCUUCUGCGUUGCUAUGAGGAGCACGAGAGCGAGAUCAUCAGUGCCUUGGAGGCGGAUCUGCGGCGACCCAAACAGGAGUCCCUCAUCGUCGAGACCGAGUUCAUGAAGAACGACAUCAAGCACAUUCUAUUCCACCUAGAUGACUGGGUCAAGGCAGAUAAGCCAUCGAAGUCGUUCGUUAAUCUGAUGGACGAUGUCCAGAUCUAUAAUGAUCCUUUUGGAGUGGUCCUGGUGAUUGGCGCCUGGAACUAUCCGCUGCAGCUGCUGCUGGUGCCCGUGGCCUCCGCCAUCGCUGCUGGCAACUGUGUCGUCAUCAAGCCCAGCGAGAUUGCCGCCAACUGCGCCAAAUUCAUUGCCGAUGUCAUUCCCAAAUAUUUGGAUAAUGACUGCUUCCCAGUUGUCUGCGGUGGACCCGCGGAGACUGCCGAGCUGCUCAACCAACGCUUCGACUACAUCUUCUACACAGGAUCCACUCGCGUGGGAAAGAUCAUCCACGCCGCGGCCAACAAGCACCUGACGCCGACGACUCUGGAGCUGGGUGGCAAGAGUCCCUGCUAUAUCGACAAGUCGGUGGAGCUGCGCACUGCCGUGAAGCGCAUUCUGUGGGGAAAACUGAUCAACUGUGGACAGACCUGUAUUGCUCCCGACUACAUCCUCUGCUCCAAGGAGGUGCAGGAGAAGUUUAUUGCGGAAGCCAAGGAAGUGCUUAAGGAGUGGUACGGCGAGAAUAUCCAAAGCAGCCCGGAUCUAAGCCGCGUGAUCAAUGCCAACAAUUUCCAGCGCCUUCUCGGUCUGAUGAAGUCCGGACGCGUGGCCGUUGGUGGCAAGUACGAUGUCAGCGAACGUUACAUCGAGCCCACCAUCUUGGUGGAUGUGAAGGCCAACGAUCCCAUCAUGGAGGAGGAAAUCUUCGGCCCCAUCUUGCCCAUCUACAAUGUGGAGAGUGCCUAUGAUGCCAUCAAGUUCAUCAAUGCCAGAGAGAAACCACUUGUAAUUUACGUGUUCUCCAACUCAAAUAAGCUAGUUAAAGAGUUCAGAAGCAAUACCACCAGCGGCGGAUUCUGCAGCAACGAAACAAUUAUGCACUGUGGAGUUGAUGUCCUGCCCUUCGGAGGCGUGGGAAUGAGUGGAAUGGGCAGCUACCAUGGCAAGUAUGGCUUCGAUACCUUCACACACAAAAAGUCGUGCCUUGGAAAGGAUCUUUCCGCCCUUGGCGAAAAGUUGGCAUCAGCGCGUUAUCCACCCUACUCGGACCGCAAAGGAUCGCUGCUGUCUUUCCUGCUCCGCAAGCGCCGCCCUCUGCCCAAUCUGCAUCUGAGCCACCUUCUGGCCGUUGGCCUGGGCGUCGGUUUGACGGUCUUGGCCAACUACUACCUACAGGGCAAGCUGUUGUCGCGUUAGUUGGGCCGCUUGGCGCUGUUUCGAUGGCGGAGUCUGGAGACCGUCGCCAGUGGAUUUUUUACAUUUAAUUUUGGAAUUGUUUGCAAUAAAUGUAUAAGCAUA